AUGGAUGGUUUGUACCUGAAAAUAACACAAGAAUUUACCCCUGACCCAAAAGAAGCGAGGUUCGGUGGGAAAGAAGCACCGAUGGCGGUUGAAAAAGGUGAUAUUAUUUUCGACGUUCGCAAGCUCGGGGAUGGAUGGUUGUGUGGGAAGAAUAUAAACAGCGGAAAAACAGGAAAAUUCCCCGAAAAUUGCGCGGCCAAACUUUCGGGAAGUAAGAAUGGAAACCCUGAAUCCGACAAGAAAGAUGAAAAACCUGCUGAAAAGAAAGACUCAAGCAAGCCCUCGUGGCUUCAAACACGAGCGAGUUCCAACACACCUUCUGCCAAGAAAACGCCUGAAUAUCCUAAACCUUUCGCCGGAAAUAUCAGGAGGUCGAGAUUGAAUGACAAAGAAGAGAAAAAGGAAACUUCGGGAGAUUCAGGAGUUGUAGAAGAUUCACCUGAAGGAAAUUAUGACAACGCUCCCGAUGAACCAAAACCAGCGAACCGCGACGCGUUGAAAACCGGAAACAAUGUCAAGGACGAUAAACAGAAGGAACCGAGAUCCCUGGCGACAAAUCUUCAGACAGAUCACAAACAGAAGCCAGAAGCAGCCAAAAGGAGUGACCCAGUGAAAGAAGCGAAAGAACCAGUGAAGGCUGCAGGUAGAACUUUUGGAUUAAGUUUGAGGAAAACUCGUGACGCUUUGAAACCGACGGAAUCGGAAACGAAGGCAACUCCGAGUACAGGAACGAAUGCGAGAAAUUUCCCGCGUUCGACCCCCGCUCCACAGAAGGCUUCACAGGAGGAUUUAGAAGAAAAUUACGAACCUGUUGAACAGAAAAGCGAAGAGAAAGGGCCAUUGCUGUCUAAGGUAACAACUAAAGCCAGUCAACCGAAGAAGGAAGCGAAAGCAGCUGACGUUAAGGCGGCAAGAAUUAACCCGAUCGAUAACCCGAAGAAAGAAAGCGAGAAAAAUCAAUCAAACGUGACCACUACUGUCGCUGCUGGGGGCACCGGAGUGAAUAUUCAAGAAAACCCUCUCGGGAAAGACGAAGGCAGUAUUUAUCAGGUUCCUGGUGUCGCUGGCCCGCCAAAACCGAAGCGAAGUUUUCCGUCAGGUUGCUCCGAGUGUAACGAACCUCACAUCUACGAUACACCGAUGCAUUACCAAACGCCACCCGGGUCUCCGACCGCGGCUGACAAACGAGAUGGGCGCGAAGCAAAGAUCGAGAAACCGAAAGAGGCGAAACGAAAAAGCGGCUCGACAAGUCUGAAGCCAACAUCAUCAGUGAUUAAGAAAACCAAGGAACACAUAAAACACCGCAUGGCUUCGUACGAGGACAUUGAGUUAGAAGGUAGACGUUCGCAAGAGAGUUUGAAAGACGCCGAGCACACUGCUAAGCGAGAGAAAGAGAAGCUUCUCACACCGAAGAAGCGACCCAGGUUGCGCAUUUUACUCGGCAUACUUUUAGGUUCACUACUGGGUGUGUUCCUUUUCCUAGCGCUAUAUCUCCUGGCCAAACUGCACGUUCUCUUAUGCGCCAUUUCCGCUCUGAUAAUCAGCAUUGUUGUGGCUACAGUGUUCGGGUUCCUCGACAAAACUCGAUUGCAGUGCAUCGUUCUUCUCAUUUUCCCGAGCUUGUUUGCUGCAGGCGGAAAAAUUGCAUUGUGGUUGCUGAUCACGUAUUUCAUAAUAUCAGGCCCGGUUUGCAAUUUUAUUAACAACGUACGAAUUGUUGCUGUUAGUAGAGAAUGCUUAAUGAAAAGUGACAGUUUAGCAGACAAUAGCAGCAUUGAUCCGCCUGGAUUUGUCGCCGUGAAUAACAACAAUCGAGCCGUUGUACAGCGAUUGCGGACCUACGAGAACCUCUCCCACUCACUUCUGAGUUACAUUAACAACUCUUUGGCGUUUUCAUCAUCUGAUCGGAAUGAUUAUUUAUCUGGACACGACAAUUCGUCAUCUGGGAUCAUUUGCAUGAACGCUUUUCAACGUGCCCACAACAUCUGCUCUUUCGAGAUCAACAGUAUUUAUGAAGAAUGUAACAAAACACUCGCCUCGCUGACAAAAUGCGAGUUCAUCACUGCAAAGAACGCGUGCGAUCACUUAUCAAACACUUACACGAGAAAUACGUGUGACAACAUAAACACUGUUAAUAUCGACACCUUGUUACAUAUUAAGAAAAUAGUAGAACAAAGCCCCGAGAAAAUCAAAACAAAAGAUGAUGUCACUGCUGUUACACCAGGAGAACUUUGUCAAUUUAUCCGGAUUGUCGAGAUACUUUUGCCAUUACUAUUAUUGGUUUUAUUUUACGAAGCGUACAGGUAUCACAAGCUCUAUCUCUCUUGCAAUGAAUUUGAUAAUCACUACCUCACGCUUCGGUUCAAAUCCAUCGAAGACAUGCGCAAGUCGAGCGGCGCCGUUGACUUACUGGUACCGCUGAAGAAGGCUGAGCUUGAAAAGUUUGUUCAGCCCACUGCUUGCCGGCUGGCAAAGUCUGAGAAGAAAAACGUGCUGAAAUACCUGCUAAUUUACCUGAUUUACUUGCUGUUUGCGCUGAUGUUCAUUUUACUAAAUCAUUUCUUCUAUGUUGUAAUCACUAACCGGGAACCGCAGUCCAAUACAGCUGAAGAGUGUCAUGCAAAACUGAAGAGUCCUCAAGAGUUUUACACCAUCACUUUGUCAACUCUACUUGGAGUGUUACUGCUGAUUAUAUUGCUUCAACCGUUCCCGCUUCGCUUGCGUCGCUUGAUCUCUUCGCGAUUCUACCCUAGAAGAGAGAAAAAACGCAUUGCCUAUCUGUAUUACAAACUCCUCGAAAAGCGCAAGACGUUUUACAAAUCUGUCAUUGAGAACAUGAAUAACUUUUCAGAGGAAACUGAAAUUCUUAAUAGACUUGAUGCAGUUUUGGUUCUCUGCAACAAUUUUAGCUGGUUAAAAACAGUGCUGGAGUUCGUAGGAGUGAACAUUCGCCGAUGCGCUGUUUGCGGAGCAGGAGUAAAUAGGAAGUAUAUUUUCUGUGAUACUGAGGACUGUGACGUCAUCUACUGCCGAACGUGUUUCUGGGACCUGGAAAAUAAGUGUCUAGGUUGUAUGAGUAGUAGCAAGAUGACGUCACGAUCGUCGAGUUUGAGUGGUCAAUCACAAAGGAAAAAGAAUGAUUACGUUAAACCUGUGUAAAGCUUAUGAGUAGCCAAAGACAUUUGCAGAUAUUAAUUUUGAUCAAGUCGAUAUAAUAUAAUUAUUCCAAGGAGAGACUGCAACUUACUUGCCAACAUUUAAUCGAGCCAAAACUCAACAUGGCAUAGCACUUGUGCAUUAAAGAAGUUUUAUUGAAUAUUUAAGAGACGCAGAAACGCUUUUGUGUCCGUCCUAAAAGCAGAGUCGUCGAAAGCAACCUCUGAGAGAAACCUUGUUUUUAUUCCACUGUUAUUUAAUGGUAGAGUUAUAACCGUAAACUGAAAUCAUCAAUUAAGUCUCGUUUCGUUACGUUGAAAUUCACUGAGAACAGUCGAACUCUGAAUAUCUGGACUAUUCGGGUCUGGAAUAAAAUUGACGAGAUGAUAAGAAAUGUGAAUUGUAAUACUUAAAUGUCUGACUUAGACGGAAAUAAAACUGAAGGAAUUUAAGCAUGAGCAAAAUGUUGUCUUCUUCAAUGUUUAGUGUCUACUUCAUCACUUUUAGGCUACUAUGUUCACACUAUAACCAGGUUUCGUACAGAGUCUUAAAUUCUUAAAAAAGUCUUGAAAUUUGUCCAGCUAUUCUCCGGACCUGGAAAAAGUCUUGGACUAGAGAUAAAGUCUUUAAAAAAUGAAAAAAGUCUUGAGUUUUUUUAAAAAGGUAAAACUAGUGCUUUAUAAGUGAAUUUUUUUGUCGUUUUUGUCUAAUUUUAUUCAACCUCGCCCGUUUGUUAACAGCACACCACGAAAAAUGCUUUGUUCCUGCUUUCUUAAGGUCUCUAUUGAUCACCUAUUUGAUAACCUUGAGUAUGGAAAAAGAAACUAUUGUUUUGAAAAGGGUCUGGAAAUCGUCUUGAAUUUUGGAUCCAAGAAAUCUGUGCGAACCCUUUAUAAAUGAUGGCUUUUGCACGAAAAAUCAUACCAGAUAGGGUUCAGUUCAUACACAAGAACCAGGGCGGAUAAAGGUUGGGCGGUGAAACGAGCGCUCCGCUCUUCAUUUUUAAAUGUGUGAUGCGGAGUAGGACUGGCACGAGCGCUCUUUCCGCGCUUCCGGUGCGCUUCAAGGCCGGCGAAAUUUUCCUUUUUGCAAACCGGAAAUCCUAUUUCCUUUCUGUGAUUUCAGACUACAGUGUUAAAUAGAUAAAUUCGUUUCAUAACAGUAUCAAUAAACAGUUUCAUAUGUUUGUGUCUGUACGUCUAUAAGUCAAACUUGUUGGUCGUAUAAUGCCAAAAUUUGCGUUUAAUUUCAAAGUGUUGAAUACGUCCUCCCUCCACUAAAUAUCACCUAAUCGUCUUUCGCCGUUUCGUUUGCAAAAGCUUAACACUUAUAAGUGAAUCAGAUAGGGUUCAGUUCAUACACAAGAACGGAGUGAAGCAGCGCCGCGUCGAUCUCCAAAGUGGAGAAUCACCAGCCUAGUCCAGAGGCGUUCUCGGCUCGGUCAAUCCUGGACUCUACCGUAAGCUGUGACGUCACCCAGAGAGGUGGGGCUAGAGAGUCACAUAUCGGAUAGUUCACACUAUGUCAGGUACCGUAAAAUUCCGAAAAUAAGUCCCUCCAUGUAUAAGCCCCUCCAAAUAUAAGCCCCCCAAACCGGUAACGCAAAAAACACUCUGUUACAUUGCCCCUCCAAAUAUAAGGCCCCCGGGGGCUUGUACUUGGAAAAUUGCCCUCAACUACAAUAAAGUAAAACAAAGCAAAAACGGUGAAUUUACUUCCAACUAUAAGAAUAGCCCCAUCGAUUUUGAAACGCAAAUUUCCCUCCGUAGAUAAGCCCCUUCGAAUAUAAGCCCCUCCAAAAACAAGCCCCCCAAAAAGGGUCUUUGAAAAAUAUAAGCCCCGGGGCUUAUUUUCGGAAUUUUACGGUAGCUUUUCGUCUCGGCACGAAAGCUAUCUGCUAUAGUGUGAAAACAGCCUUAGCGUUUUGCAGGCGCCUCUUAUUUUGAAGAGGAGAGUCAGUCUGUUCCCACUGCCGGAUCCAGAGCUUGAGAUAAGGGGUUGGGGGCACCGGUCAUCCAGACCCUUAGAUAAAAAGGAGAGGGCGGUCUCCCAAAAAAUUUUUUUCGGCCCUUCGGCGGCUCUCAGUUUGGUCUAAAAAUAAGAGGGGAACCGGGCCCCUCCCCUGGAUCCGUCAUAGAUCCUUACGACAUUUUCAGACCCUUUCCCUCUCAGAACGAAAGACUGAGUCUUGUACGACGUGUGAACGAAAUCCUUUAUUUGAGUGUGAAUGUAUUUAACACGGGAGUCUGGAGACGCGACCGCCAUUUUACGUGGUCAUUCGAGCCAAAAAUAAAACCUCUGCAGCUGUACUUUCACAUGGUAGUUCUUACGUUUAGUGUGUGGAUGAAAUCCUUUGGUGUGAUGACCAUUCCGAUGAAACCUCCUUGGCACUCCUUUGACAUGGUGUUAUUUUAGUUUUCAACAUUAAAUUUGAGUAGUUUUCUUGCUGUUGCAGACGCCGGUGCAAAAAAUUUAAAAGACACCAAACAAUGCGUUAACGGUCGUAGACGAUGACACAAAAGCCGGGGAAACAGUUGUUUACUCACCACGUCCCUUCGCAGGUAAUUCUCAAAGACCUGCAUAAUAGCUUAUGCAGCUAAACUCAGUGAAGUGCUUGAGUCUGAGGAACCGUUCCUUGACCGUUUCUUUCCAGGAGCCCACGUGAGAGCGGCGAAAAUGAGCCUACAGGUAAUUUUGUUAUUUCAAAGGGUCUUUAAUAACCAAAAUCAAUCUUGUUUUUUUAUUAUUUGUUGAAUGCUACAAAAGGAUAUUAUGAGUAGGUAUUUGAAAGGGUCAUAAAAGUGGUAUCUCCAGAUCUCUCUCUUUCCCUUGAUAUUACAAAUCGAGUUGACCCUGGGGACGAGGCACCUCCUAAUCCUGGGCCCGCGAUACAGACCAGCGUCACCUAAAAAUGGCGGACUGCGAAGCGUUCCAAGAUCGUGAAAAUCUUAUCAAUCUUUUUGCUUGUUAUGGUAAGGUGUACGCCUGGGAUGUAGAUGAUGUAAUCAAGAUGCGUUCACAGUAUCGCAUAGUUGGCUCUCUGAUAGGAUCGCUACCUCGCAAACCGAGACAAAACAAUGCUUUCUCUUUGCCGCUUCUUCUUUCUCGAGAGGAAACCACGUUGCUGCUAGACAAAGGUUUCGCCAGAAUCUUUUACAUGCCAAGAAACCUACCGAAACCAUCAGAUGNAUAGCUUAUGCAGCUAAACUCAGUGAAGUGCUUGAGUCUGAGGAACCGUUCCUUGACCGUUUCUUUCCAGGAGCCCACGUGAGAGCGGCGAAAAUGAGCCUACAGGUAAUUUUGUUAUUUCAAAGGGUCUUUAAUAACCAAAAUCAAUCUUGUUUUUUUAUUAUUUGUUGAAUGCUACAAAAGGAUAUUAUGAGUAGGUAUUUGAAAGGGUCAUAAAAGUGGUAUCUCCAGAUCUCUCUCUUUCCCUUGAUAUUACAAAUCGAGUUGACCCUGGGGACGAGGCACCUCCUAAUCCUGGGCCCGCGAUACAGACCAGCGUCACCUAAAAAUGGCGGACUGCGAAGCGUUCCAAGAUCGUGAAAAUCUUAUCAAUCUUUUUGCUUGUUAUGGUAAGGUGUACGCCUGGGAUGUAGAUGAUGUAAUCAAGAUGCGUUCACAGUAUCGCAUAGUUGGCUCUCUGAUAGGAUCGCUACCUCGCAAACCGAGACAAAACAAUGCUUUCUCUUUGCCGCUUCUUCUUUCUCGAGAGGAAACCACGUUGCUGCUAGACAAAGGUUUCGCCAGAAUCUUUUACAUGCCAAGAAACCUACCGAAACCAUCAGAUGAAUUAGUUGGGAAGUUUAAUGAGCUACGCAAAGAAAGUAUCAUCAAGCAAAAUGAGCAGUUUAAAAAGAUGCAAGAAGAAAAGAGAAAGGAACUAGCUGAUGUUAUAGCUGAUGGCAAGAAAAGAAAACGAGAAAAGCUUGCUAGUGGUGGGGCAAAGAAGUCGAGAGAUCAGAGUAGUGAAAAUCAGUUCAAUUUUUCUUGUAAUGAAAGCAAUGUGUUUGAACGAAAUGAUGAAGGGAAGGAGAAAAGUAAGCGAAAGAACGGCGAGGUUACAGUUGAUCACGAAGAUACCAAUCUUGCAAAAAAGCUAAAAAGCGAGGAAUUGAACAAUGAGAGUUUUGAAGCCAAGGAAACUAGUGAGAAGAAAGACUUAAAUCAGUCAAAUGAUAACUGUAAAAAAAUCAGUCAUGACAAUGUAAAAGAAAGCUUUGAGGAGUCAUGUAGCAAUUCUAUCUCAAAAGAAGCUAAUGAAACAAACCUGACCAAUGCAAAUGUUGAUCAAGAGAUUCAUGGAAAUAAACUUGUGGAUGAGACUGGACUAAAAACUACAAAUGAUUCAGAUACUAUUACCAAAGGACUAAACAGUGUUUCUGACAUGGGAAUAUUGAUACAUAUUCCUACGGUUAUGCCGCAAAGGCUGCCUUCAUUUCCACUUACAGACUGGACAUAUCCUCAAACAAGUUGCGAAAAGCUACGUUACCAGGUGUUUGUAGACCUUUGGGAGAAGGGAUAUUAUUUAACAUCUGGCAUUAAUUUUGGAGGAGAUUUCCUCGCAUAUCCAGGUGAUCCUAUUAGGUAUCACUCCUUUUUCAUCAUAAUUAUUGUUCCCUGGGGGAAGAAAAUUACACCAUUUGAGAUCAUAUCAGCUGGCAGACUGGGUGCUAGUGUAAAGAAAACUGCACUUCUUUGCUCAGUAAGUGAUGAAACUGGCCAAGUUACAUACACAUCAGUCAAGUGGAGUGGAAUAAGCUGA